AUGCAUGAUAAUAAAGGUGAAAAUAUAACUACAAACAGAACGAUCGAAGAUCAAAAAAAAAUAAGCAAUAAAGUUAAUCAAACAUCUCAAGAACUCAGCAAUGCUAAUUCCUCUGAAUUAAAAAAAACGCAAUCAAGUAAUCAAUCGUCAUUAAUAGAUUAUUCAACAAUCACAAUUUCUGAUAAAGUUCUUGAUAAUUUGGAGUCUAACAAUGUUGGAAGUGAUGCAUCAUCUAUCAACGCUAGCAGUAACCUAUCAUCUACCAAUGCUAGCAAUAAUCUGUCAUCCACUGGAUUAUUAAAAACACAAAUGGAAUAUAAAAGUUACGGUGAUCAUGAGAAGGAACAUACAUUGAAACGUGAACAGAUAAAACUUGAAGCUAAUGAUAAUCGGGACAAACUUUUAGGAAAUAGUGGCAACGUGAAUAUUGAACAAUCGCAGCAAAAUCAACAGUUUAUUUUUGUGCCUCGACCACCAUCACAUCAACAACCACUAACUAACCAACAACCGACGUCUCCUCAACAAUUUUCAUCUCACCAACAACCGACGUCUCCCCAACAAUUUUCAUCUCACCAACAACCGAUGUCUCCCCAACGAUUUUCAUCUCACCAACAACCGCUUUCUUCCCAACAACCAUCAUCUCACCAACAACCGCCGUCUCCUCAACAACCAUCAUCUCACCAACAACUGCCGUCUCCCCAACAACCGUCAUCUCACAAACAAGUACCGUCUCAUCAACAACCACCGUCUCAUCAACAACCACCAUCUCAUCAACAACCACCAUCUCAUCAACAAUCACCAUCUCAUCAACAACCGCCGUCUCAUCAACAACCUCUAUCUCACCAACAACCAUCUCCAUUAUUUUAUCGAACACCACCUCCGCAACAAUUGCCUCAUCGUAAACCACCUCCACAACAAUUACAGCCACCCUUACAACAGCUAUCUCAUAGACAGCCAUCUUUGCAAAUGAGACCACGAAAUGAUACAAAUCCUACGCAGCAACUACUAAAACCAUUGCAACCACAACAAAGACCACAAACAAAUCCUAAUGCUUAUAAAAUGAAUGAAUCUGACCAAUUAGUAUUUCAAAAGAAUAAGUCAAACCUACAUCAGGAAAGUAAAAGCGGGACAUCCUUUUCCACAGUUGCUUUAGAUGGAUUAAAAUCGGUAGAAAAUUCCGAUAUCAAAUUCGAUAAUAAUAAAAAUCCUUUACAAAAACCGGGUAAACACAAUUUAUCUUUUGAAAUUUACUUCCACUAA